GGUAUCUUCUUGGGAAAGAUGAAACAUCUUGCAUUGGUAAGUUUAAGAAGCAAUGACAAAAGUACACAUUGCAUGAGUAACAGUACCUUCUGUUUGUAACGCUUCUAUGCAUAUUCUAUAGCUACUUGUUGUAGGUGUGUACAGUAAAAUUAUCGAAAUAAAUUCAUGCAAGCCUCUCGCAUGAUAAUAACUAACUGAUUUAUUAACUGCAAUUAUUAUGCCGAUUAUGUAAUUUUUUCAAUUAUGAUUCCCACAAUUUCAGAGUGGCAACAUAGCCUUUUCAAUUUUUAAAUUAAUUGAAGCUAUGUAAGCUCAGUCGACAGUCUAAAUUUUACUACGACGUACUGUGAGAUAUUUUUAGACAGCGAUAGAACAUUGGGAAUCUUCACUUAUACACGUGUUUUUUCGUUGGUUGAUGUCGUACGUGUUGCAGGCGACUUUGAUUUAAAAACAAAAAAAUCUAAGGACAUUUUGAGCUAACAUUCAAACAACAACAACAACAACAACAAUCGAACAAUCGAACGACCAAGCGACCGAACAACCAAACAAUCGAACAACAACAAUCCAGCAACAACAGUCCAACAACAACAACAACAAACGAGGAUCAGAGUAGUGACGUUGUCAGGAUUUCUUGUCAAUUGGGUCAAAAAAUAUCCCAGGAGUGGCCGAAGCAAUUUUACCCUGCGCUAGUUCGAAUAAAGUUUUUUUUUAUGUGAAAUUAAAAUGUAUUUGGAGUUUGGACUUCCGCGAUAUCCAUGCAUGAUUUUGUACAAUUAACUUUUAGGGGGAUCCGGGAGAAAAUGUUUAAAUUCUAGAUUUGAAAGCGCCAUUUUCAGCAUUUCGAGAGCUGUUUUAGUGCAUUUUGGUGAUUUUUAAUCACAAACGAAUCCAGAACAUUUAAAAUAUAGGAAGAUAUAAAAUUUCCAUUACAAGAAAUGAAAAUAUAAUACACAUGCUUGUAUUGGUCAGAAUUUUUUCAAGGUGGGCCCAAUAUUUUACACAAUUUUGCCAGGGGUGCGCCCCCCCCCCCUCUCUCUAGCUACGUUACUGGAUUAAAGAUAUGUCUCUCGCUCGCCUUUAACCGCCUAUUUCUCAUUGACUGUCGUUACGCGCGUGGUAAUUUCUAAUCAACUCUCAUCAACCCUCAUCUUCGUUUGAGCGGAGUGCAUGAGAGUCGGCAGUCACGCAUUGUCACGGGGGACAUUUCAAGCUCGAUCUAGAUAUUAACAAAAUAAGAGUUUAAUGAGUGUUCCAACUAUGUUUUCAGUUAAAGAUUAAUAAUUAUUUAUUUAUUUUUAUUGCGCGGACUAUUACAAUACAGGUUACAAUACUAUUACAAUAAAACUACAUAGACAUAGUGUAAAUAAAAAUACUAAGUGUAAAAAGCUAUUUUAAGUCUUCAAGGCACGUUUGAAAGUCUCUACAGAUUGAGUGUUUCUAUAAUAUCACUUGAGAAACGUCUGAUUUAUUCCAUUCUUUGAGAGCCGCCGCAGUGACGGCGCGAUCCCCUGAUGUAGGUUUUAGGAAUACAUGAUAGUGUUGCCGAGAAACUACUAUUAAGAAUAGGUAACCAAGGUCACGCGACUACCAACACUCAUGCAUUCUCAUCCUCGUUCGAUCUGGGCUAACAUGCAAUUAAAGUUCUACCCUUCACUUUUGAUUUCCAUAGCAUGCAUGCUCAACGUUUAGAAAAUUGCGUAAUCUGCUAGCAGUGAUUGCCAUUUAGCUGUAAGCUGUCGUCAGCUAAUGAGAGGAACGUAAUGACUGCAAAGUACGGUCUAAUUAUAUAUUUUACAGACAUCGACGAGUGCUCAAAGCCUGUUGACUAUUGUCAUCACCAAUGCUUGAACACCGCUGGUAGUUACCGAUGUACCUGCAGGUUCGGAUAUGACCUACUUUUUGACGGAAGGAGUUGCAUAGGUAAUUAGUUAUCGUAAUUACUGUAGUAGAUGAUUGUAUUGUAAUACACAUUCACUUGAUAAAAUUACGGUGCCUCCAAGGUUCGUUUGCUACUGUAGUUCGUUAGAUCGUUCGGAAUCUUAUAUGCAGCGAUUAUGUAUAUAUAGUGUUUAUCGGAGUACCAAUUAUUUGGUUUUGUGCGUCGACCCGAAGUAAAUGAAUUUAUUUUCUCAGGAAAGCGUAUCCUGCGUAGCAGUCGCUUUAUUUGUGGUUAAAUGGCGGUUAUGCUGUAGUAAAAGUCAAUCCAGUCUAAGUCUCUCAAUUUAACUUAGUUUGUGAAAAAAUUGAUAAUGUGAUCUCUCAGCGAACAAUUUUCUUACAAAAUUACGAAAUCAUUGAUGGAUAGCAUUUUUUUAUCACUUUAUCUCGAUAUAUUUAUGAGUAUAAUUGGCGAAACUAAAACCAUUUUACCAUUUUGUUGAUCCACGACCGCUUUUAAGAAUUUGUCAGUGCCGGAGAUCAUCAAGAAAAAGAAAACAAUAACUAGAAGGUGGUGAAUUGGAAAACUAGGACUUUGAAUGGGUGGAGAAAGGGGGAGUGCGGAGGUUCAGGUUGUAUUUUUGAGCCUCUGGGCUUUGAUGUUCGGCAUUUGUAGACACAAUUGUUGUUAUGUUUCGUCCGCUAGGACCUAGGUAACGUGUACAAUAAAUUGAAUUAUUUUCCCAGUUUGGUUGAUUUUCCCCCAUCAUUUAACAAAAUCUUUGGUCUAAAAAUAGUUUUGGGCUAGGCCAGUUGCCACUGCCCAUAUGCCUUAUUCGUCUAUGAUGCCAUGUUGUUUACUGUCGAUGCAAUAGAUAGAUAUGAUAGAAAAUUGAUCAACUUCCUGUUACUUCUAGAUGAGCCAAUUAGAUUUCGUUUCAGAACUGAUUAACCAAUAGGAAACGCACAGGAAAUAAAAAGAAAUUUAAAUUCGUAUGAAUUGAUCAACUUGAGGAAAUAAAUUGAUGCAAUAUUUUAUCAACACUUCUAUUGCAUUGACAGUAUGAAGUUCUUUAAUUUUGACUGACAUGUUUUUUUUUAUAUAAUGUGAUAUUUUCUAUAGGUCGACCAUGUUUUCCGAUACACAAGCCUCUGAAUGGAAUGAAGAAAUGCUCUGGUUACAGGAUGGAUGAUAGGUGUAAUUUUGGUUGCCUUCCUGGCUAUAAUCUUAUUGGUUCAGGAAGCAGAACUUGUGGUCCAGACAAACAAUGGACUGGGAACGAUACAAAAUGCAAAAGUAAGUUGCGAAUGUAAUUUAAUCUUUGCAGUUUAUAAGUCCAAUGUAAUAUUGACGUUGGUGAAAUUUGGGGUAUUUGGGGCAGGCAUUACCUUUUGACAUAUAAGUUAGACAACAAAAUUUCUGUUGAAUGUGCAAAAAGGUUCCCAAAGAAUAACUAUAAUUUCCGCACGGUUGAAUCGUUUUAAAUAUAAAAAUAUAUUCCUUUAAGUAUACCUUUCUUCAUUUUUCUUUGCGCAGAAUACAAAAUAUGCUAGUGCAAAAACUAUUUAGUGGACUACUGUGGCUAUAAGUCAACACAAAUAAUGAUUGAACGGCCGAAUACUUUGAUAAGCUUAUUUUAAUGCUUCCAGUCUCAUGUAUAGCGAUAUACAUGUUGUGUUUCAACUGCCAUUUAUCGCGACUCAGAACCAGUUAUUUGGAUGCGCAAGACACUCUGGAUUGGCUUAUUAAGUUUCUACUUGCAAUUUUUGCUGCGAUUUUCUUGUGAUGAAUGUGAACGCAUAAAUAAGUUAUGAAUCAUCUGAGUAUGUGUAUUCUCAUCUAAACAUUCUUGACUCAUCCACUCGUUCAUAUACAUCAAGAGAAGAAAAUUGCACCUAAAUCGAAAAUUGCAAGUGUAAACUGACCUUCAGAUACGUUGGAGCAGUUUGAAAAUGGCGCCGUAAAGUCAGAAUUAGCCGUCGCGUUCACAUUGCGCCGGAACAAACGUCACUUGUGCCGUAACAAUUUGUGUGAACACAAACGACAUUACCCUUUUGUACUGCUUGCAAAUCAAGCAUGCAUUUAAGUCUUGAUCAAAACAGUAAAUUCGAAUGCUUUUUAUUAAAUAUCUUUGCUCUUUUUUAAAUAUUUUGGGUUUACCUGUACAAGAGUGGUAAUUUAAUUUGUAAACAAACUGUAAUGGUGUAAAUAAACACACGUAAAUUUUGCUCCGGUGUAUAGUGUGAACGUAGUCUUAUUAAGAUUUUUGCAUUUGUAUCUCCGCAAGGAUGUGUGCAAGCAUUAUUCAUCAAAUUUAUGUAUUUUAUAGUAAUCUAUUGUGGUAGUCCUACCGUUCCCUCUAACGGUUUCAUAUACUCACCGUGCACCACUCACUAUGGUUCACAAUGCCCAGUUGGUUGUAAUGAUGGUUAUUUCACGGACGAGAUCAUGCUAACAUGUGCUGCGAUUGGCAGUUGGCAGCCAAGCAACGUUUCAUGCAAAG